GAGCGAGUCGCGCGUCGGAAGGAAAAGCGAGCCUCGGUUUCCAGCUGAGCGCUUGCUCUCUCGCAGCGAGUGUGUUGGUAUUAUUAUCCAGCCUGCUCCCAGCUCAGAAUGGCCAGAUUCACCCAGACUGAAUCAGGGAAGCCGCAGCAACCGCAACAGCCCCAUCCCGCUCACACCAGCCUGCUUUUCACCGGACCAGGAGCAGCGCCGAGCCAGCAUCCUCUACUCCUGAUCCCGCACCAGCACCAGUACUCCCAGAUCACAUUUCCGAAACCCAUGAACGGGUCAGAAUCCAUUUCCAUUCAUCCGGAGAGCGGCAACAACAUGAAAGACCAAGAUGCUAUAAAGCUGUUUAUCGGACAGAUACCGCGGAAUCUUGAGGAAAAAGACCUGAAACCUCUUUUUGAACAAUUUGGGAAAAUCCAUGAAUUGACAGUUCUAAAGGACCGUUAUACUGGCAUGCACAAAGGCUGUGCAUUUCUCACCUACUGCGCACGUGAGUCUGCCAUCAAGGCCCAGAACGCCCUUCACGAACAGAAGACACUGCCAGGGAUGACUCGCCCCAUCCAAGUGAAGCCAGCGGACAGCGAGAGCCGUGGAGAAGAUAGGAAGCUGUUUGUGGGAAUGCUGAACAAACAGCAAACUGAAGAGGAUGUGUACCGGUUGUUUGAACCCUACGGAGUCAUCGAGGAGUGUACCGUCCUGAGAGGUCCUGACGGAAACAGCAAAGGUUGUGCCUUUGUGAAGUUUUCUACACAUGUUGAGGCUCAGUCUGCGAUCAGUGCACUACACGGGAGCCAGACCAUGCCAGGUGCUUCCUCCAGCCUGGUGGUGAAGUUCGCCGACACAGACAAGGAGCGCACCAUCCGUCGCAUGCAGCAGAUGGUCGGCCAGUUCGGCAUCUUCAACCCGGCUAUUGCCCUGCCCUUCAGCACCUACAGCACCUAUGCCCACGCUCUGAUGCAGCAGCAGGCUGCCAUCAUGGCCGCCACGCAUGGGAGCUACAUGACGCCCAGUGUGGCAUUCCCCACCACUCAGAUCCACCAGGUGGGGGCACUCAACAUAAACGGGCUGCCACCCACCUCCAUAACCCCCGUGUCAGGCCUCAGUUCCCCGCCAGCCAGCAUCGCUACCUCCGCCGUGCCCAGCAUCGUCACGCCCAUCGUGAAUGGCUUCGCAGGCCUGCCCCCUCAGCCCAACGGCCACCCGGCGGUAGAGGCCGUCUACACUAACGGCCUGUCCCCCUACUCGGGCCAGAGCCCCACAGCUGCAGACACCCUCCAACAGGCCUUCACUGGAGUGCAGCAGUACACUGCUAUUUACCCGGCAACUACACUGACCCCUAUUGGACAAGCACUGCCACAAGCAGCUCAGGUGAUCCAGCAGCAGCAGCAAAGGGAAGGACCUGAGGGCUGUAACCUGUUCAUCUACCACCUGCCACAGGAGUUUGGGGACAACGAACUCAUGCAGACGUUCCUGCCCUUUGGAACGGUCAUCUCCUCCAAGGUGUUCAUGGACAGGGCCACCAACCAGAGCAAGUGCUUUGGUUUUGUGAGCUUUGACAACCCCACCAGUGCCCAGGCUGCCAUCCAAGCCAUGAACGGCUUCCAGAUCGGCAUGAAGCGGCUAAAAGUGCAGCUCAAGAGGCCAAAGGACGCCAGCCGUCCCUACUGACAGGAGUGAGACGCUGUCAGCAUGACUUGCCACAGCACAGGUGUUAAGAAGAAGGCAGUCAAGAAGAGAUCUCGAAGGAGUUAGACUUUUUUUUUUUCUAAAAACAAAAUAUUUAACAUAAAAACAAACACAGCCUGCAUAAGGGAUUUUGGAGACAUAUCAGUGUUUACUUUUCAAGGACAAACUGCAGCACGGGAGGCUGGGAUACGUUUCCCUUCUGGAAAACAGGAUCAAUCACAGCCGGGGAUGAUGCUCAGACACGGAAAAGAAGCAAACUUUUGGCCAGGAGUGAAAAAACAAGAAAUACAGCAACUAGAACAAAGACUUUUCUAUACACACUUACACACACACACACACGUACACACACACUUAACAUGUAUAAAGUAAAGGGUGUUUUGGGCUUUUAGUCUACAGAACAAAUGAAGGUUAAAACUUGAAGAUCAAGAAAACUCAGUAGGAGAGAUCUUCCUGUCCCACUGACAGACUUCCUGUCCCACUGACAGACUUCCUGUCUCUCUCUCGCUCUUGCUCUCUCCCUCUUGUUCAGCAAGUGCAGAACUAUGAUUUUCUGAGGUCACGGCAGUUUCCUUAGCAACCGUGAGACUGAAAAUCUCUCUCUCUCCCCCCCCCCCCCUUAGGGACCAAGGACCAAAAGUUUUUAUUGUUCUAAACCAUAAUGUAUAUAAUUCACAUUAAUUAUGCUAAAUACCACAAACUACUACUAAUAAAACUGUAUAACGAACAAGAAUAAGACAAAAUAUUAGCUUCAGGGCAAUGGAAGAAAUAGCAUUGAUUUCCUUCACCCAGCCUAUGGAGGUUUUCGAAAAGUUAAACAAAAAGGAAAAAAAAUACUAAAAAAAGAUUUUAAAUUAUAAUAGGAGAGUAUUUUAAGGUGUUUUAUUGGUGCAGUCUAUGUUGAUUAUCAGUUGAUGUGGGUAUGUUCAGGUUGUUCAACCACAUUCCAUUCAUUAGAGCAUACAUUCACAGAUCCAUAUCUCAUCCACGAUCGCAUCCGAUUCCAGAUCCAUAUCCUCCUCAUCUCAUCCACGAUCGCAUCCGAUUCCAGAUCCAUAUCCUCCUCAUCUCAUCCACGAUCGCAUCCGAUUCCAGAUCCAUUUCCUCCUCAUCUCAUUCACAAUCACAUCGAUUCCAGA